GUUUUAGUUUACAGUUUACAGAUUAAAAAAAUGGUGUUGUGUUGUUUGAUUUUGACUGUACUACUGUUUGUUUGUUGAUUUUGUAUUGGAUUUCAACAAGAAAAUAACAUUGUUAUGACCAUGGGUUUUGUUUUGACGAGGUUUUAACUGAUCUAUCAGUAUAAUUUACUUUCUUAAUUCAUUUUUGUGAAAAAGUAUGUGCAAACUGAUGAUAGGCGUGAUAAUAUUGGUGGUUCUCAGUUUUCCUAUUAUGAUUUAUUUUACUUUCACUAAAAAUAAAUGAUACAGACGUAAAAAAAAGUGAUUUUAAAUUUUGCACAUCAACGUAAGAUACUUAUUUAAACUUGUCAUUGAAUUAGUGAAAAAAAAAACUAUUAAAAUUAGAACUCAAGCUCUUUGAGUGUUCGAUUGUUGUCAUUUAAAGUUUGUGUUAUAAAAAACCUAAUUUUGAAUAAAAAAAAUGGUUGAGCCUGCAAAACCGUUUGCCUGUACGCUUCCUGAUUGUGGGAUGUCUUUCACAAAUGAAGAUCAUCUACAUGUUCAUAUAAAAAAACACGAUAUGGUUCUACAGCUUGGCUUGGUUGAACAGAAAGCUGCUUUUGUAGCGGAUCAAACACCGACACCGACCCGGUUUAUACGGAACUGUGAAGAGGUUGGGCUGUUUCAGGAUCUACAGAAUGUGGCUGCGAAUCCCUUCGAUGAAGGCUUCAAACGCGCUAUGGAAGCUAAACAAGGCAUUUUGUCUUUGGAAAGCACAAUGGGUAAUACAGAUGAUGUCUUACAUACACCACAGAUGUUCCCACUGCUGGACAGUGCGGAGUCUACCCUUUUCACUAAUAACCAGAGGAAUACCACCAUAAGUCGAUCAUCUAGCGAUGAAUCUGGUACCAUAAAGGAAUUUGAGACAAGAACAAUAUCGAAAUUGACUAAUGAGGUCAUAACUAUUAGUAGAAUAGUCAAUAACACACAGAAUGGAGACAUCAGUGUUAAACAAACUGACAUAGCAACUAAAAUAGAGAGCAAUAUUGUUAGGAAGGACACUGACGGGUCUAAACCUGUGCUAGUAUACACCGAUACUGUCACAAAAGAUACGGCUCAAGUUAAUAAAGACAUUGUCAUAGAUAACAACAAGCUAUAUGUUGACAAAGUGCCAAUAAUGAGCCAAAAAUCAAUAGAUUUUGUUGUAGAUAGUCUUACUUCAGAUUUAGGAGCGACAGUCAACCAUACUGUCAUUGAUGGCAACGAUAAAAAAAGACAAGAAAGCAAAAUAGAAGCCAAAAUAAACAUAACGACACAAUCACCAAGCAAAGAUGCGAAACUAGCCAAAAGAUUUGUGGUUCAACCGAAAAUAUUGCCUAAAGAUGUUAAACCCGAACCGGAAACAGGAGAUUAUGAAGUUAUCAUAAAACUGCCUAACGGCAAACAUGUUAAGAUGAAGCCAGUUGACGAAAAACCUGACGCUAAAGUUUGUCUACGUAAUAGUAUAGCUAAAAGAACUGUCAAAAAUACACCAACGAAAUUGCCCAUAAUAGUCAAAAAAACAGUCCCUAAUGUUGUUAAAAUACCUUCAGGUACUUUGAUACCUGUUACCUUAGUCGACCAGCAAGGUACGCCCCUAUCAAAUGAUGAUUUGAACAAGGUACCAAUAACAAAAAUAGGUGAUGUAAAAGACAUUACUACUCUAACAAAGAUUCCAGUCAACGUAGCUAAGAAUGCAAAUGCUAGUAACAUUAUCAAAAUUAAUGCCAAAUCUGUUAAUAGACCUACAACUGGCAUUAAAGCUUCAAUAACACCUUUGCCUGAUAGUUGUAAUAUAAAAGUAAGUCAGCCAUACCAAAUAGAUAAAGAAACAGGAAAAAGAAAAUUGGCGCCAACAACACCUACAAAUCAAGAAGAAAUAGAGAAAAGAAUCCAAGGAGAUUGUAUAGAAAAUAAUGAUGACGAUGAUUGUGUUAUAGACAAUGUAUCUCAAAGCCCCGAAAUGGUCAAAAGGACAAGGUUAGAACUGGAAAGUAGGUGUGCAGCUUCCAGACGAUAUAGAGAACGAUUAAAAGAUGCAAUGAAGAAACAGACUGAAGAGAACAGGCUACUGAGAGAGGCUAAUGAAAGACUAAUUGCAGAGAAAUCUGUGCUAAAACUGCUUAUAACUGAACACAUGAAACGAUGUCCCAACGCAGCUGACAUAGUGGACCGGCUAAAUGUGCUUACACAUGGGCAGAUGUUAUGAUAAGAAAUGAAGUAUGGAUCAAAUAUGGACCCAUCGGUCAUCGAAAUAUAGUCCUACUCAAUGUGCAAUGUUAUUUAUUUAAUAAUAAUACAAACAUACACAAGACAUUUACAGGAAAAACUUACUAUAAGGUGGACAAAGGCGGCCUUAUCGCUAAGAGCGAUCUCAGACAACCUUAACUUGUCAUAAGUUCAUGACACAUCAUGCUUAUGACUAUAUCCCAAUUGGGGUAGCCAGAG